AUGGGUAACCGACGGCAAAGUUCACUACUUGCUGCUCAGCGCAUCCGAUCGCAGUUGGCGUCGGACCAGGAAGUGGCCGGCGACGGUGGGACGCACAAGACCCAGGCUGCUGUCCCAGGACGCGCCAUUCCGAAGAGACGCGCUUUGAGCGACGCGUUACCCCAACAAGAGCCUCUGUCUCGCCCCCUCCAACACGUCGACAAACGACCGAGGCCCGGCACGAAGUCAGCAGCUCUGGGGCUCAAGUACACUUCCAGCUUGCAAGAACGCCUCUUUGGCGUCGAAGGCGACAAGACGCAGGCGUACGCUUGCCAAUCCCCCUCCACCACGCGCCUGCACUCAACUCUUUACCACCGGCCGCUGCUCCUCGUCGGAGACACUGGCCAGAGAGGCCGAUCUGGCCUCUUGACUUGGUUCGACAGCGUCAGCGAUCAGCGACUGAUGCCAUGGCGAAAACCAUUCAACCCCGAGCUUUACGGCGAUACAGCCGAGUCACGCGACGCACUCUCCGUACGGGCGUAUGAAGUUUGGAUUUCGGAGAUCAUGCUUCAACAGACCAGGGUUGCGGUUGUCAAAGACUACUGGACGCGAUGGAUGAGAAAAUGGCCGACGAUAGUGCAUCUAGCUGCGGCCCAUGAGGACGAGGUCAUGGCCGCAUGGCGAGGGCUUGGGUACUACAGCCGUGCGAAGAGGAUACACGAGGCGGCCAAGACCGUAGUUCAACAUCCAACGCGGCGCGGACUACUGCCUCAGACCGCCAAGGAACUCGAGGACGAGAUGCCCGGCGUGGGCCGUUACACCGCAGGCGCAAUAUCUGCCAUCGCCUUUGGGAAUGCGGAUUGUAUGGUUGACGGCAAUGUCCUGCGCGUGCUUAGCCGCCAGUUGGGAAUCCUAGGCAAUGUCAAGUCUGACAAGGCCGUCAUCGACCUGCUAUGGGCUGCCGCGCGUGCUCUUGUCGAGGUCAAUGCAUCAGAGCAUUCCGAGGUUGACAAGGAGACGGGCAAGGCUUUACCAAGUGAUGUGCCGGGGCGAUGGGGCCAGGCUCUGAUGGAGCUAGGCAGUACCAUUUGUAGCCCCCAGCCAAAUUGUGUGGCUUGCCCCAUCAACUUCACAUGCCGAGCCUUCGAGGAGGGCAGGACCGUGGCAGUCAUGAAAGGCUUUGGCUCAGACAACCCUCACGAUACUGCUGGAAUGGUGGACAUGGAAGACAUCUGCAGGAUCUGUUCCGACUGGAGCGCCCAAGCUCUCGAGGAUGUCACUGGGGACCCUGUUGUGGAGGACAAAGACCGACCCAGGCGUCCAGCCAAGAGAUCCGAGCGGACUCAGAAACCGUCCCCAACCCCAACGCGCUCCCCAAGCCUACCUGGGGGCAAAGGUCAGCGCGAUCAUCAGCAUCCACUUUCGUCUCGGGCUGUUGAGGUUGUCAUUUCUCAUGCCAAGAGAUUUCCCGUCAAAAUUUCGAAGAAGGCUAUCCGAGAGGAAGAGACUGUCGUCUGUGCCGUGAGGCGCACUAGUGACGGCUGCUAUUUGAUCCAGAAACGUCCAGAAAAGGGGCUUCUCGCCGGACUGUGGGAACUCCCAAGCCAUGUACUGCCCGUUCUCGGGACUGGCUCUACGGCGAGUAGGAGGCGGAUUGCACGGGAAUUUGUUGCAGGGCUCUUCCAACCGACAGAUGGCAAGAGGCAGGCUAGCGUCAAGUACAUUGGUGACUUGGGGAGUGUCCCGUGGGUCUUUUCGCAUCUGAAAUUGACUAUGCACGUCCACAGCUUCGAGAUUGAGGACAGCCCGGCCGCGAUAGUGCUGGCCGAAAGAACACGGUGGGCAGACCGAGCAAGCGUGGAGGAGGAGACUAUGGGGACCGGCAUGCGUCACUGCUGGAAGCGUGUUGUCGCUGGUGACAGUGGGUGA